AUUGUUUUUGGUUCUGUUCAUUUGGCAGAGAGAGAAGACGAAGAAGUUGAAGAAGAAAGAAGAAGAAUCCAAAAGCAAUCCCAUCUCUUCUGUGUGUCUUUGCACAUCAGGAGAACUGAAGGGAAAGCUAUCAUUUACAAACACACUUCAAAUCAACACUGUCAUUCCAAUCAAAGGAUUGCUUUGGAAUCGGAUUUCGUCUUCUUCGUUUCUCUUGAAAUUCCUUGUGGCAGAUCUAGUUUAACUUAGGGUUUAUUUUUGGGGGUGUUUCAGACACUACAUGCAUAUGGGAAAUUAAUGUGCUUUGUAACAGAGCAGUGGUUGUGUUGGAUGCUAUAAAAGGCCCACACUAAUUACUACUGUGGAAAUGCCAUCAAAAGGGUUUACAACAAAACAAGGUACAGCAGUGGACAAACCUAGUACAUCAGAGGAUUUCUGGACCACAAGCACGCAUGAUAUGGACAACAGUGCUGUUCAAUCACAAGGGAGUAUAUCUUCAACCAGUUUAACUAACCAAGCUGUGGCUCCUCAUGGCAGCUCUUCCAAUAACCCAACUGAAUUUGUAAAUCAUGGUCUAAUUCUAUGGAAUCAGACUCGACAGCGUUGGGUUGGAAAUAAAAAGUCCGAGAAUCAAACAAAACAACCGCGAGAACCUAAAUUGAGAACUUAUUCUCUGUGCCCUGCCAAAUUUUUUUGGCUUUGCAGUUGGAACGCAACGUAUGAAAGUUUACUGACGAGCAACAAGCCAUUCCGUCAGCCUAUCCCUCUCACUGAAAUGGUAGAUUUUCUUGUGGACAUUUGGGAACAAGAUGGCCUGUAUGACUGAGCCAAUAUGAAAGUUGAGGAAGUGCCAUUUCGCGUGUUCGAACCUUGAAAUAAUUUUAGUUCUUGCUUCUGUAGGAAAAGGAGGAAGGGGAAUAUGUUGCUGUUUGUAUAUCAAUUGUUACAUUACUUGCCAAAAGAGUAAUUCUCUCUGUGGGCUUUAAUAUAAUUUGUAUCAUACUUUAUUUAAUUGAUUGCCUUGGGUUUCCUCUAGUAUCCACAAGAGGCAAGUUUUUGAAAA